CGUAUCGGCAGCCUGGCAUUUGCUAGAACGUUCGCGGCGACUCGGGAAAUACUGGCGGGAGUAUAAAUAGGCGGCGACACGCAGAGCCCGGCAGUAUUCAAACGCAAGCGAAACGAAACGCAUCAAAGCGAAACACGCGACAGUUGAAAGCAAGUUAUUCGAAGCAAUCAAGAACGCGAAGUUGUUUGGUGAAAAGCAUAACGGUAUAUACGCAAACGUAAAAGAAGCGAAGAUGCCAGCAAUCGGAAUUGAUUUGGGAACGACGUACUCGUGCGUCGGAGUGUGGCAGCAGGGUAAAGUCGAGAUCAUCGCCAACGACCAAGGAAACAGAACAACGCCGAGUUACGUGGCGUUCACGGACACGGAGCGGCUGAUCGGAGACGCGGCCAAGAACCAAGUCGCGAUGAACCCGAGCAACACGGUGUUCGACGCGAAGCGGUUGAUCGGCCGGCGAUUCGACGACCCCAAGAUCCAGGCAGACAUGAAGCACUGGCCGUUCCGCGUCGUCGAGGAAGGGGGCAAACCGAAGAUCGCGGUCGAGUUCCGCGGCGAGACGAAACGGUUCAACCCGGAGGAGAUCAGCUCGAUGGUGCUGACGAAGAUGAAGGAGACGGCCGAGGCGUACUUGGGCCAGUCGGUCAAGGACGCGGUGAUCACCGUCCCGGCCUACUUCAACGACUCGCAGAGACAGGCGACAAAGGACGCCGGCGCCAUCGCCGGCAUCAACGUUCUGAGGAUCAUCAACGAGCCGACGGCCGCGGCCCUCGCCUACGGCCUCGACAAGAACCUCAAGGGCGAGCGAAACGUCCUGAUAUUCGACCUCGGGGGUGGAACCUUCGACGUCUCGAUCCUGUCGAUAGACGAGGGUUCGUUGUUCGAGGUGAAAGCGACCGCCGGCGACACCCACCUCGGCGGCGAGGACUUCGACUCGAGGCUGGUCGAGCACUUCGCGGCCGAGUUCGAGCGGAAGUACAAGAAGAACAUGAGGAUGAACCCACGCGCGCUCCGCAGACUGCGUACAGCGGCCGAGCGGGCGAAGCGCACGCUCUCGUCGAGCACCGAAGCCAGCAUCGAGAUCGACGCCCUCUUCGACGGCAUCGACUUCUACACGAAGGUGUCCCGGGCGCGUUUCGAGGAGCUCUGCGCCGACCUAUUCCGCGGCACCCUCGCCCCGGUCGAGAAGGCGCUGGCCGACGCGAAGAUGGACAAGCGGGCGAUUCACGACAUAGUCCUCGUCGGGGGUUCGACGCGAAUCCCGAAGAUCCAAUCGCUUCUGCAGAACUUCUUCUGCGGCAAACAGCUGAACCUCUCCAUAAAUCCCGACGAGGCGGUGGCCUACGGAGCCGCUGUUCAGGCGGCCAUCCUCAGUGGGGAUGGAAACGCCAGCUCCAGCCUCCAGGACGUGCUCCUCGUCGACGUGGCCCCGCUCUCUCUCGGCAUCGAGACCGCCGGCGGCGUCAUGACCAACAUCAUCGAGCGCAACGCUCGCAUCCCUUGCAAACAGACGCAGACCUUUACCACCUACGCGGACAACCAGCCCGGGGUCUCGAUCCAGGUGUUCGAGGGUGAGCGGGCGAUGACCAAGGACAACAACUUGCUCGGGCGAUUUGAGCUGAGCGGAAUCGCCCCGGCACCUCGCGGCGUACCCAAGAUCGAGGUGACCUUCGACCUCGACGCCAACGGGAUCCUUCACGUGACCGCCAAAGACACGGCGAGCGGUCGCAGCAGCGACGUGAGAAUCACAAACGACAAGGGUCGGCUGUCCCGCGAGGAAAUCGACCGGAUGCUCGCGGAGGCUGAGCGGUACAAGGAGCAGGACCACGAGCAACGCGAAAGGGUCGCCGCUCGAAACCAACUCGAGAGCUACCUGUUCAACGUCAAGCAGGCUUUGCAGGAGCACGGGGCGAAGCUCCCCCAGGAGGACAGGGAUAAGGUAAGCGGACUCUGCGAGGAGACGCUCCGCUGGCUCGACAACAACACCCUCGCCGAGAAGGACGAGUACCAACACAAGCUCGAGGCGCUUCAGAAACAAUGCUCCGCGGUGAUGGCCAAGCUUCACCAGAACAGCGCCGGACCUGCCGGCCCUCAAGACUGCGGUGCGCAGUUCAGGCAAGCCGGAGGACGGAAUUCGGGGCCGACCGUCGAGGAGGUCGACUAAACACCUAAACUUUCAACGAGUCCCUUACGACUGCCGAAUCUCCUUACUGCACAUCUAAGUCAUCUUUCAUUUACCAAUUUGUUCAUUGUAACUACUUUGAAUGUUCCUAUGAGACUGAUGUUAUGUUUUAUCCACUGUUAAUGAUUUGUAAUUUAUUUGUAAAUAAUGUGAGUGUCAGGUUCAUACAUAUAUAAGUUUUGUCUAAGUCGUUCAGAUUAUUCAAAUGGAUGUUACUGAACCGAAUGAAUGUACAAGCAUUAGUUAGAGUAACCACAAAAUAAUAAAGAAUUUUUGUAGUAAA